AUGCCCGUAAAAUAUGGACAAUGUUUUGUGUUUGCUGGUAUUGUAACUACAGUUUGCAGAGCGAUUGGUAUUCCAUGUCGGACAGUGACCAAUUUCUCGUCUGCACAUGAUACUGACGGAAGUGUAACUGUUGAUGUACAUUGGGAUAACCGUGGCAAUUCCGAGCUAACAUCCCUGAACACAGACUCUAUAUGGAAUUUUCAUGUCUGGAAUGACGUUUGGAUGAGGAGAAAAGAUUUGCCGGCAGGGAACGACGGUUGGCAGGUUUUAGACUCGACGCCACAGGAAACUAGUGAUGGUGAAUUCCGAUGCGGCCCGUCUCCCCUGACAGCCAUUCUGAAUGGGAAAUGUGACGUGAAUUACGACACGGCAUUUAUCUAUGCUGAAGUGAACGCGGACCGGGUGCACUGGGGUAAACAGGACGACGGGAGCUGGCAGACGAUGAACAUAGACAAAUCUGCAGUAGGGAAGAUGUUGAGUACAAAGAAACCGGACGGUCUUCCUAUACCAGAUAAUUUUGACGACUUUGAAAAAUUCAGAGAUGAUAUCACGUCCCAGUACAAAUACAUAGAAGGAAGUGAGAGGGAGCGGAUGUCUGUCUUGUCAGCAACCCAAAGUGCCCCACGUGGUCUAAGUAGAAUUUAUACGAAGGACAAUGACAUUAAAAUUCAAAUACUGACACCAAAAUCUGUCAAGAUCGGGGAGGAUUUUGAGGUGGUUAUUGAGAUGUCCAAUUCGUCUGGUGUUUCUAAAACUUUAUCCGGACGACUGAUAUGUGAAGUGACAAAAUACACGGGAACCGUCGUACGUCAGUGUAAACAAGAAGCCUUAGAUAUUGAAAUAGAAGCUUAUCAACAACAGAGUGUAACGAUGCAUGUCAGCGUGGACGAGUAUGUUGACGCCGUGUCGGAGGGAGCAAUGUUUAGAUGUGCAAUGCUUAGUAAAGUGAAGGAGUCCGGGCAACAGUUUGCAGCCCUGGAAAGCUUCAGGCUCCGACUGCCCGACUUGACAGUCCAGAUUCGAGACCGGUUUUUGAGGACAGGGGUGCCAGUAGAAGUGAUGAUUAGCUUUGACAACCCGUUUAAGACAAGAUCCCUCACAAAUUGUGUCAUUCUUGCCGAGUGCCCCGGAAUGAGCCACAUGAAAGUGUUUUCUACUAGGAAUGUAAUGGCGGAUGAGAAGUUGCAAACAUCGAUACAGAUCACACCCGACACAAGAGGAACAUGUCCUUUAUUUAUGACAUUCAACUGUGAUCAGAUCCAUGAUAUUAAAGGAACAUGUACACUUUAUGUACAAUAACAUUUAUGUAGACAAUGGAAUUCACUGAAAAUCGUGCAUAUUUUAAUAAAAUAGACAUUAUACCUAUUUAUCAUAUAGAAAAAGCAGAAUUUAAAUAUACAUAUGUAUCAAACACAGAAUACUUAAGACUGUAUCCACGGCCGAAAAAAGAACGUGUCCGAUAUAUAUUAUUUUAUAAAUAUGGACUGCAUUAAAUAUUGACCGGAAGCAGGAUUUUUUAUGGAACGACACGCUUGCCAUUAUUAUUCAGACGUCUUAGAUGGCAAUCUCAGCUUUAUUUUUACCAAAUCCAAAGCACAACAGAACCAACUAAAUAGUCGUUUUACUCGUUCAUGUAUAUGUUUAUAUAACUAACACACUUGUACACACUACAUUUUCUUUGCAUUCUAUAAGCAUUUGAAAUUGUCGAUGUGUAAAUGCGGCUUUAUUGAAAUUUUAUCCCCCACCCUCUCAUUUCUUUCUUCUUUGCUGACGUUGAGUUACAACAACACUGACAACAUUUCGCGAGAUAUUUUCAACAAAUUUGUUCGUUUCCCCUAGUAAAUCAGGCUGUCUUUUACUUCAAACCUUUAUACGAGAUAAUGGUUAAGAAACUCGUAUCUUGACAGGAAAUAAAGAAA